AUGAUUGAAUGGAUUAAUUUAAAUACUCGAAAUGAAUCAAUAUUUGCUGGUACAAUGUCAACAAUGGCUAAUUUAAAAUUAUCAACACGUCGUCCAAUUAUUGUUCAUCCUCAUUAUGAACAUAGAAAAAUUCGACAUCGUGUUAAACUUGUUUAUACAAUGUUUUCAAGAAAACCACUUCGUUAUAUACAUUCAAUAUUAAAACAAUAUCAUGUUGAUUAUUAUAUUUAUGAAUCUCAUUGGUGUACAAUAAUAAAUCGUCCAAAAGGAUGUUCAUUUCCUGAAAUGUAUGAUAUUGAUGAACAAGAUCAAAGAAUCUUAAUACGUACAACUCUUGCAUGUCAAACUCUUCAAUCUCAUCCUCAACCAUAUUUUAAAAAACUUUUUACUUAUGAUUAUCUCAGUAUUUAUCAAGUUUUAUGA